AUGGCCGCCGCCGACAACUUUGGUAUCUUUAUAAAUGCUCUAACUUUCGUCGAUCUUAUCUUCUGGAUCAUCGGUUACGUUCGUCCGGGGGAGCAGCUCAAGGUGCUCGAAGAUCUCCUCGCGGACGCUGAAGACGAGCUCGACAGGGCGAUGAGAUUGUGGAUGGACUCUGACACUGUGGCUCUGGGAGAUCGCUUGCAGAGGCUCAGAGGCCAGAACCGAGAUAUCUUUCAGCGUAUCGAGAAUGAGAGAAGUUUGUAUGGGGAAGCGUCAAACGUAUUAUCUGGCGUGAACUGGAACAUAUUUUGCUUGACCAAGGAGUUGAGGAUCCUGAUCUUGGAUAUCAUGGUCACCGUCGAGACUUUUAAAGCCAGUGUCGCUGCCGUUACCGCCAGUGGCGGCACUGAGCAGGAUGCACAAACGCAGGCGUCCGCGAGUUCCGCUGUUUAA